AUGCCUUCGAAAGUAGCAAUGCCAAGUUUGCAAACUCCGCAUCUUUUGAAUACCUCUACUGGAGGAUUUAAUCAACAGUCUCAGCGUAGACUUGCUCAAAGUGGUGAUUAUAGUAAGAAUACCCGCGAAUAUGCAUCAUCUAGUUCACUAGAACAGCUAUGCCGAAAAAUGGGCGCGUACUUUGAUUGCUCAACUCAAAAGCUGGAAAUUCCCCCUGAUAAAAAGCCUCUAUGUAAUAAAACUCAAUUUAAAAGGAUGAGACGUUACUAUUGGGGAAUAACCCAACAAAUACAACGCAUCAUGUCCCUGCAACCUAGUGUAUAUAAAGUAAAUAUCAACAUUUCCAAAGUAAAUCUUUACCGGCUACGACCCUAUAUCUAUAUUAACCUUAAAAAAUGCUUCUAUUCAGUACCGUAUCCAAUCAAUGUACCCCCAAUGAUAGUUUGUAUUACAGAAACCGUUAUUGGUCUUAUUAAGCAUAAGAACUACAUGGGUAAACAAGUUGAAGAUUAUCUGCUGCAGUGCUGUGCCAGUCCAUUAGCUUGUCGCAAAUACUUGGUGCAAAUUUGGGAGAUGUUACUGGAAUCGUCAUUUAGCGAUCAUGGUGUGGCCGAUAAUAUUACCCAAUUAGAAUUAAAGGUACAACAUAAAGAUAACAGUGUUUUAGAUUACGCCAUGGCAUGCUGUGCUGCCAUGAAAUAUAUUGACAAUUAUGUUCUGGAGAACUCGAUUGAAACGAACGACAUGCAGAAGGAGGGAAAUAUCCUUAAAUGCAGCUUAGGCCAGCAAGAAUACAAACUUGAUGACAUAAACAUUCACUUGGAAUCAUCAUCUCGACGUCUCUUGAAGGGAUCUGACGAUAAUUCCAAAGAGCCAAAUGUAGGCUCGACAAGUGAAGCAACUGCAAAUCAGACUACAGAAGUUAUCCAUAAAGAUGGAGUAGAUAUACCCAAUACGUCGUCUAACAGUAAUAUAAAUAAAGACAUUAGUCGUGUCAGUAACUUAUCCGGAAAAAUAGCAAAAAGGUCACGUCGAAGAUCUACAUUUGGCCGAUGCUCAGCCACAGAUAGAAGCAAGCUUUUCUUGCAGUUAACUGAAAUGAAAAAGACCUUGAUAUGA